AUGCCCAACCAAUACAUGACACGGUUCCAUUCGUCUGAAAGCAAGGAAAGUCCUCGCCGGUUACCCGCUUGGCUCGAUUGUCACCGAAAGCCCGUUUCGAUGAUCUUACGGUUAUAUGCCACGUUGAUUUUUUGCUGGGAUGUGCUGAUCAUCUUGGUGCAGUUCUUUCUCACUUUGCUGCAAUCGUUGUUUCGUCUGAUAAGACCGGCCAAGGCGAAAUCUCUUAGCGGUGAAGUUGCGGCUGUCGUCGGAAGUGGUCGGGGAGUAGGAUACGAUCUCGCCAUACAAUUAGCGGAGUUAGGUGUAAAGGUGGCAUGUAUCGACGUGAACACAACGGACAACGAUCUGUUGGUGAAGAAAAUCCAAUCCUCCGGAGGUUUUGCUUGUGCGUACGAAUGUGACGUCACGAACAAAGCGGACAUCAAUCGAACGGUGGCCGCGAUCGAAAACAGUCUCGGUACCAUUAGCAUGUUAUUCCACAGUUGCAAUGUCCCCAGUGCCCGGAGUCUCGUCACCGAACCACCACCAAUCGAAAUUACAUUGAACGUCGGUGUAGUUUCUCAUUUCUUGCUUCUCGAGGCGAUACUUCCCAAGAUGAAGAAGGUAUCGCAUGGACACAUCGUUUUUCUCACAUCGGUGGCCGGCGUAAGCGGAUUGAAGCAUCAAAUGCCACUGGCCGUGUCACAGUUUGCCGUACAAGGACUGUACGAGUCCACGCUAGAGGAGCUGCGCAUCGAAAAGCGGCAGCACACGAUCCACACGACUCUGGUGCACAUCUACCCGUUCAUCAUAACUGAUCACUGCCUGAAUGAUAUCCGGCUGCGCAUUUCUUCUGCCUUCGGGCGAAUCAAGUCGGACGAAGCAGCCCGACGCAUCAUAGCGGGCGUGCGACGCAACGAGCUGGAAAUCAGCAUACCGAAAUAUUUGCUCUUCGUGAGCCAUUUGCUACGAUUGCUGCCACGUCGCGCAUCGCUUCUACUACGCGAACUGAUCGAUACCGGGUUGGAUCUUUGA